AUGCGAAACAGCCCUACAGGCCAUCCGUACUGUUUGUACGGAGAUCCGGCGUAUGGACUGAGCAACCACCUUGUCUGUGCUUUUAGCGCAUCUAGUGUCUGCCCUCUCACGCCAGAGAUGGCCGAGUUCAACAAGCCUAUAAGCCAUUGCCGCGUAACGGUGGAGUGGGGAUUCAAAGAGAUGACCGGCAAGUGGGCCUUUGUGAACAUGAAGCCGCAGCAGAAAUUCUUGCUGAGCCCUGUCGCCAAGCAUUACCAGGUAGCCACUCUGCUUUCCAACUGGCGCUCAUGCAUGAACGGGGGCAACGAGAUUUCGCAAUACUUUGGCGUAGUGCCACCCACUUUCGAGAGUUACGUAGCGGUGUAA